AUGGGGUACAACUUGUCUUAUGGAAAACUGCCAGAUACCUCAGUGCAUGGCCAGGACAACAGCACCUCACCCAACUCCACAGCAGGCUUACCUGGGAACUCCACCCACAAUGAAUUCACCACCAUCGUCCUGCCUGUGCUUUACCUCAUCAUUUUCCUGGCGAGCAUCUUGCUGAAUGGCCUAGCUGUGUGGAUUUUUUUCCACAUCAGAAAUAAAACUAGUUUUAUAUUUUACCUCAAAAACAUUGUGGUUGCAGACCUUCUCAUGACACUGACAUUCCCGUUCAAGAUAAUCCAGGACUCGCAGCUAGGACCAUGGCACUUCAACUCUUUCCUGUGCCGAUACACCAUGGUGCUGUUCUACACAAACAUGUACACCACGAUUGUCUUCCUUGGACUCAUUAGCAUUGACCGCUACCUGAAAGUAGUGAAGCCUUUUGGAGACUCCAGGAUGUACAGCAUCACGUUCACCAAGAUCUUAUCGGCCUGCGUUUGGGUUGUGAUGGCUUUCCUGGCUUUGCCAAACCUGAUUCUCACCAAUGGCUACCCAACAAAGAGGAACAUAGACGACUGCCUGAAGCUGAAGUCCCCACUGGGAGUCCAGUGGCACACAGCUGUCGUUUACAUCAACACCUGCAUGUUUGUGGUGGUGCUGGUAGUGCUGAUAGGAUGUUACAUUGCCAUAUCCAGGUAUAUUUAUAAAUCGAGCAAACAAUUCAUUAGCUCAUCAAGCAGAAAGCGAAAGCACAAUCAAAGCAUAAGGGUUGUCGUGGCUGUAUUUUUCACUUGCUUUCUGCCAUAUCACUUGUGCAGAAUACCCUUUACUUUCAGCCAUCUAGAUAAAAUCUUAGACGACUCUGCACACAAAAUCUUAUAUUACUGUAAGGAAAUGACACUGUUCCUGUCUGCAUGUAAUGUCUGUCUGGAUCCAAUAAUUUACUUUUUCAUGUGUAGAUCAUUCUCACGAAGGCUGUUCAAAAAAUCAAAUAUGAGAACCAGGAGUGAGAGUAUUCGAUCGCUUCAGAGCGUUAGAAGAUCAGAAGUGCGCAUAUACCAUGAGUACACUGAUGUCUGAAGUCACCCGCCCAGAGACUUUUGCUCAUUAUGAGAAUAUUUGUAUAUCAUGUAAAUAAAACAUGUCUU